AUGGGGCAGUGGAUGAGAGGCUUUGAUGUCAAUCUUGGUGUAGGAAAAGUCUUGGAAGCUGAGUUAUGGGGCAUCUAUCUUGGACUGAAAAUUGUUUGGGAUAUAGGUUGCAGUGCAGUUGUGCUUGAGUCUGACUUAGCAACCGCGGUACACCUGCUUAACAAAAAUGUGGAAGACCUUCAUCCUCUUGCUACUAUGUUGUGGGGAUGCCAAGACUAUAUAAACAAAAACUGGGUUUGUUCUAUUCAUCAUGUAUAUCGUGAGUGCAACAUGGUAGCGGAUAAACUAGUUGAAUUGGGUUCAUGUCUUGAGUUGGGUCUGUCAACUUUCCAUGACCCUCCUGACAGUAUUAGGUCAUUUCUUAGUGAAGAUUUACUUGAAGUUUGUAGGCCUUGA